AUGGAUACCAAAAAGUCCGACGUCAAAGUCACUGUUCGUGAUCAAGAGGAAUACUCCUUGGAAGCACAGGGUGGUGUGGUCGUGAAGGACAUCUACGUGGACCCCCACGAGGAAGCUGCACUCGUGCGAAAACUGGACAGACGGCUUUUACCCAUGCUGGCAUUUAUGUAUUUCUUGUCGUCGCUGGACCGGUCCAACAUCGGGAACGCAUACACUUCGGGCAUGAAAGAGGAUCUGCAUCUCACCUCACGCCAGUAUUCCAAUGCAGUUUCUGUCUUCUAUUCGACAUAUUUGGCAGCAGAACUGCCAGCCGUGUGGCUGCUAAAAAUCGCCAGACCUCGGUACUACAUGUCUGGCUUGGUCCUGGCGUGGUCGCUGAUAACCUUGUUUAGCGGGUUUGUGCAGAAAUACGAGUCAUUGUUGGCAACAAGAGUCCUUCUUGGGGCCUUCGAAGGCGGCUUUUUCCCAGCAAUGACUUUGCUCAUCACCAUGACAUACAAGCCGCAAGAGCAGGCCAAGAGAAUCGCAUUUUUCUUCGGUUCAUCUGCAUUGUCUGGCGCAUUUGGUGGGUUGAUUGCGACGGGACUUGCUUCUGUCAAUAACGCCGGUGGAUUGGAAGGCUGGCGGUGGCUCUACAUUAUCGAGGGUCUCAUCUCAGUCUUCGCCUCGGUUUGGCUGUUCUUUGGGCUCCCAGACAGCCUUGACAACUUGAAGUUUCUGAACAGCAAGGAACACGCCCUUAUGAACGCAAGAGCCAAGCAGCGGGUCCAGUACAUGGGUGAAAAUCCUGCAUUCUCAUGGAAAGAGGUCCUUUUGGCUAUCAAGGACUUCAAGACCUAUUUCGCCUUCAUCAUUCAGUUCUGUCAAGAUACAAUUCUGUAUGGAUUCAGCACCUUUUUGACUGCCAUUUUGAAACUGGGACUGGGUUACGAUUCAAGAAAAGCUCAGUAUAUGAGCGUCCCGGUCUAUUUGCUAGCCGCUAUUGUCUUCAUGAUUUCUGCCUACGUCAGUGAUCGCUUCAAAGUCCGGGGACCGGUAUUCUUUGCUUACAAUCUACUCGGUGCAACUGGCUAUAUUAUUCUACUGACGGUUAAGCAUGAUGCAGUCAAGUAUUUUGCCUGCUACUUGAUAACGUUCUCACUUUACACAGGUACUGGGUUGAAUAUCACUUGGCUAACAAACAAUGUCGCGCCUCAUUACAAAAGAGCUACAGCUUUGGGUCUAAAUCAAACGCUAGGUAAUUUAUCUGGUGCAAUAGUGGGUCAGGUAUACACCAAAUCUCCCUACGUCCUUGGCAACUCCUUCUCUCUGGGAUGCAUUGUCCUAUCCAACAUCUUGACACUCGUCCAAAUCGCUUGGCUAACAAAGCUGAACAGAGACAAGGCUGCGAUUCUGGCUGGUACCAAGAAAGAUUUCAAGAAAGAAAGAAUUGGAGACGAAGAGCUGGACUUUAAAUACUGUUUGUAA